AUCAUAGGAUCACAAACUGAGAAGUAGUCAUCUGGCUCCUAGAAAUAAACACAUUCAGUCCCUCUGCAUUAAGGAAUGCCACUUCCUUAAUGAUGAAAUGCAACAGCCAUUUUAAGUCCUUUUAAUCUUUUCAGCCACAGUAUGUUUAACUUUUUAGUAACUUUUAGGGCUUUUUUUCACUCCAGAUGAUGGUAAAUUGCCUUUGACCUUGGGCUGGCAGCGUUUGGGAUUUCCCACUGAGCUGAUUCACGACUUUCCUGCCAAAUUUGCAAUGGCAGCCUUGCAAGUCCAUUUGCUGCUGACUGCAUGGCUGGUGAGCAGCAUGGCAGCAGGGCAGUACCUGAUGCAGGAUGCAGCCCUGCUGAGCUACAUUGACCAGCGUUUUCUGUCUCUGGAGAAGAGGCUGGAGAAGUGCAACCAAGACGUGCUGGAGUACGUGGAGGAAUUCCGGGAGUUUUCCACCAGGGUGCUGUCCCAGCUGGCAGGACUGAGCUCUGGCAAGGCUGAGGUUCAGAGGGAGGUGGAGGGUUUGCUGAUGAGGGUUGAGCAUGCACAGAGGGACAUCGACUACUUGGGAUCCACCACGGAUUCCAACGCCUGCGUGGAGGUGCACGAGGACCUGCUGGAACAGCAGCUGCUGGAGGAGGAGGAAGAAAAGAACAGGCUCAAACUCAUGCUUAAUGCAAGUUGUGACCAUGUGCUUGCAGGUAUCAGGUCCCUAAAAGUGGUUAAGAAGACUGGAGGAAAGCAUGGCUCUUGGAUGAAAGAUCCUGGCAAAAAGCACGCCAAGAUUUAUUUAUUAAGUGGCUCUGUAAAUAAUGUGGUUUUGGAAUUUGCCAACAUCAUGGCUUUCACGGAAAACAACCAGACACUGAAGGCUCGCAGGGUGCCCCUGCCAUUGCCCUGGGAAGGAACCGGCCACGUCAUCUACCAGGGCUUCCUCUUCUACCACAGACACGGCUCCUUAAACGAGAUCAUCAAGUUCAAUAUCCAGAGAAGAAAAGUAGCUGGCCGGAUGCUGCUGCCAGGGGCUGGCAGGAUUCCUGCCUACCAGCUCUCUGCCCAGACCAGAAUAGACCUGGCUGUGGACGAGCAGGGGCUGUGGGCUCUGCACGCAGAGCCGGAGACCGGGGGGAACAUCGUCAUCACCAAAAUCAACGCCUUGGCCAUGGCCGUGGAGCACAGCUGGGACACCCCCUGCAGCAGCAGGGAUGCUGAGGCAGCUUUCAUGGCCUGCAACACCCUCCACGUGGUCUACAACUCCCCCUCGGGGGGCUCCUCCCGCAUCCAGUGUGUCUAUGAUGUCCUGGGUGCUCUCAGGGCUCACCUGAAGCCAGGGCUGCAGCUCCCGAAACGCCAGGGCAGCCACUCCACCGUGCACUACAACCCCAAAGAAAGGCAGCUCUUUGCUUGGGGUGAUGGCUCCCAGAUCAUUUACAAGCUCCACACAGAGCAAAAAGUUUAAAACCUGUAGCAGCUCUUAGAAGCCACCAGUCCCAGGUCAGCAGGGCCAUUAAUGUGUGCUAAAAUUACAUUAUUCCCAUCUGUUACAACUUUCAUCUGUUGUACA